AUGCCUAUCCCGCCCACACUGCGGUCGGUGGCGUUUCAACGUGUCAUGCUCGCGGACGCACAGCUGGUGGGCAUAUUCCUGACCAAGCUUGGCCCCGGGCUACGGAAUCUUCGUAUUGGAUGCCGAUUUGACAAGGAUCCGGCGAUGACAAAGUGCUUGAAUAGACACAUCGACUUGUCGCGUAAUGAGGAACUGCGCUCGCUGCACCUUGUUAUAGCGGAUCUGCAGGACUACCUGAUGCCGUGGGUGCCUGCGAUCCUGUCUCAAGUCAAGCAUGUGCAUUUACGGCGGCUGACACCGGAGAUAUGGCUGCACAACGGGCGGCAGCUGGUCAGCGAUGUGUGGGACGAGAUUGUGGCGCUUUUGGACAAAGAGUGGGUUGACACGAUGCACGAGGUGGUGAUCAUGCAUCGUGGUGAUCUAUGCAUGAAGUAUACGAACGCAUGGUGGGCAUGGCGGUUCCCUAGCCUCGUGGAACGCCGCGUCUUACGGGUUCAAGAUCGUUCUCCAUUCCUCAAGUAA